ACUCCCCCAAAUAGCUCCUUGUUAGAGCUUCCGGAUUCCAAUUGUGAGAAGUGAGAGAGAGAGAGAGAGAGAGAGAGAGGACAGCAUCGAUAAGUCGAGAACAAAAAAACAUACAGAGAGCAAAGAGUAAUGGUGGGGGAGAUGUCAAAAGGACUAGUGGCGACUCAGACACAGAACCCAGUAGCUUAAUUACAAGCCAAGUUCAAGGAAUUGGAGGCAGGGUUCAAAGCAUGGUUGGCCAAGCAGUCGUUGCCAAUAGAGGCCGGCGUCGUCAUCGCCACAAGGGCCGCCUAGGGCGCCGCCAUAGGUGCUUUCAUGGGCAUCCUCACCAACGACGUCUCUUCUUCUUUCCCCACUCCUCCUCCUAAUGCUACCUCUAUGAAUCACCAAGCCAUGGCCUCUCUCCAGCAAGCCCAGGUUGCUGCAGGUUUAUUGUCUGUGCAUGUGAUAGAGAAACUUAAAAAUGGUGAUACAGGGAGUUUGCCUGUCUCUUUAAUUGAGAGGAUUCACAUCUUGUUGAAAAAGUUGAGUGAGCUGCCUGCUUUUUUGGAAUUGGUAGCUCAAUAUACACAGCAUGGUUACAAUGAAGGAAAAGAGUUGCACUGUUUAAUACUUAGUGAUCUAUACUAUCAUCUACAAGGAGAGCUUGAUGGUCGUAAGAUUGAUCCUGGACCAUUCAAAGAGCUCUGCCAGUAUCUGGUCAAAUCAAAAUUUGUGCAAAUGUAUCAGCAUAAAUACAAUGGAGACCUUUCUGCACAUGCCAAGGAUGUCUACUUGUUUGACUCUUCACGUUUCUGAACAGAUUUGGAAAUUGAUUUGUGGGAUUAUUUUGAGUGGAAAGCAUCUAAAGCAGUAGCAGAAACAAUGUUGCUCUGCUUGCAGAAUGCGAAUUCAAUGGUGUUGCUUGCAAGUUCUAAGCUUUCUGCAUUAAAAUCAUUGAUAACUAUAGUAUCCAUGAAUGAGGAAGAUGUAAGUUUUCUGAAUUCUGAUUUCCAUUCUUGCAGUUAUCAUGAUUGGACCUUUGGGACCUAUAACUAGUUUGCUAUUAUAAAUUUUAAAAUUUUGGUGACUGCAUCUUGAUUCCAUCUUGCACUUGAAAAGAAGUAUUUGAACCAUAUUGCAAGGUAGCUUAUGGUUUUGGAUAGGGUUUUAACCCAAGCCAAUAAACUUUUGAGAAUCUUUGACUUUAUAAUUAAAGCAUGGAAUAAAAGUCAUUGCAAAACGCUAAAAACAUUACAUAAAUAAGGAAACAAGAGGCUGAAAGUUGUCACAAAACUCUAAAAACAUUAGAUAAAUGGUAAAACUGCUAUAAAGUUAAAAAUUCUUGGAAGUUUAUUGUCUCGGAUUAAAACCCUAUCCAAGAAGUGCACCACUGAAACAUAAAGGUCAUGUUCUUUAGCAUACUGAUUAUAGUUUGAA